AUGCCGAGCAUUACUUGUUACAAACUGAUCGCACUACGGGAAAACAUACCUGAAUGUCAAGCAACAUUUUGCACUGUCAGAAGGGGACAAGGAUUUAAUACAUUUUCCAUUCCUGACCCUAAGCGUGACUAUGAAUUGUGCAAAAGAUGGAUUCAUAAUUUGGGGAAUGAGAAAUUAAACAUAAAGACUUUUGUGUUUGCAUAUCAUAAAAUUGUGUGUGAAAAACACUUUGAAGAGGAUUGCUUUGAAGAUGAUCUUGAGGCACGGCUGAUGAAUUUCAAACCAAGAAAAAAACUGAAAAAGGGGGCAGUUCCUACUAUUUUCCUUGACAGCAAAACUCCAAAGAAAAGGGAAACAAGUGAAAAAAGAAUAAAAGAGAAGGAAAAAGUGGAACUACUUGAAAAUAUUCUUGUCAAUGCUGAAGAUGAUGACAAUAUAGAUGAGCCAGGCUGUUCUUAUGAUACUGGGAGAUCGGGACAGAAAAGGAAAGGAGAAACAAUUCCUGUAGGAAUAUCAAAAAAACCAAAGGUAAGCAAUUUAAAAAAUUCAAAGAACACUGUUGAUGUUGGAAUUCAGUUUGAAUACAUGGAUGAAAGAACUAUGAAAGAUAUGGGAACACAAUGUGACAUAAGAACUGAAAAAUCAACAGAAUUCUGUGUCAACUGUAGAUCAAGAGAAAACCCUGGUCUAGCAACAUCUGAUCACGGAUAUUCAAAAAUAUUCCAGGAUAUUCCUUCAACAUCAGAAACUGACACUAUUUUUCUCUCCUCUACACCUGUGAAAUCUGCACAGUGCUUCUCGCACACAUUUGAAUCGGAAGAAUUAUCGCAUGUCAAAUCAAUUACUACCAAAGCUGACCCAGAUUUCUCUUUCAUUCCCUCAGAUGAGUCAACAAAUGAGUUAUCAAAUUUAUCAAAGCUUUCUCAAAAGUUACUGGAAGAUGGACUGCCAAGAGACUCUAUGAAGAAAAAGAUUAUGGAUUUAGAUUAG